AUACACGUACACUACACACCCUGCUUUGCAGACGGAAGCUGUUGGGAACAUGGCUGGUGAUUUAAUGUUGCUUGCUGCAAUAUCUCUUCUUUCUGCCUGCCAGCAAAGUUAUUUUGCUUGGCUUGUGGGAAAAUCAAGAAAAAAACACAAGAUCAUGCCCCCAGCAGUCACUGGACCCCCAGAAUUUGAAAGAACAUUUCGUGCGCAACAGAACUGCGUGGAGUAUUAUCCAGUGUUCCUGGUUGACCUCUGGAUUGCAGGCUGGUUUUUCAAUCAAGAAGUAGCUGCCCUUCUGGGUCUGGCGUACAUGUUUGCCCGUCACAAAUACUUCCAUGGAUACGCGGAAUCUGUAAAAGGAAGGUUAACAGGUUUUUAUUGGAGUCUGGUGGUUCUAAUAGUGUUGCUGGCACUGGGUACAGCUGGGAUCGCCAAUAGCUUUCUAGAUGAAUACCUGAACUUCAGCGUUGCAAAGAAAUUACGUAAAUUGCUCUGAAGAUUGUCUUUUAUAAAUAAAUAAAGCAGAAGCUUUCCCUGGACAUUAAAAGGAAGAUGAGCUGCAUCAAAUGGAAUGAAAACAUCCAGAUUUCUUUACUAAAAGUCCAUUGUAAUAUAAAACGCUGGCCUUUGUUUACACAUAUUCUAGUAUAAAAAGAGUUUGUCAGGCAUACACAAAGAACUUAAGGCAGGAGGCUGCAUUAUUCAGCUAAGCAUUUAACUGGUUGCAGGCACAAUAUUGUCUGACAUUAAAAUUACAUUAAACUAAGAAACGGUUAA